AUGCAUCGAAAAACAAUGACGGAGAGCUUGGCGGGAUACAAAACGCUGGGGAUCGUCAGAAGGAGCAAGGGCCUGGUGAUUAGCUCUGCAAUUGACGUGGCGACAGGGGAAAUGGUUAUUCUCGAGGAGGUUGAUCUUUUGGGAGUCUCUGAGGAUUGUGGGCCGUUACUGAUGGGCUUUCUGCUAAACCACGAGCUUAAUCAUUCGCCUUAUGCCAUGAAGGUCCUACGAUGCUUCCAGGAUGGGGGCCGGGUCUGCGUGGUGCAGAAGUAUAUGUCCCUUGGGCCUGUGGAUGUAGCCACUAAGGAGCAGGCAUUUUUAAGCGACGACUUCAUUCUCUAUGUCUUUAUGCAGGUGGUGUAUGCCAUGAAGAUAAACAGUGGUGAGAAGUGGUUUUGGGACAGGAUAUCGACAAGGCACGUAUGGAUUGAUGGUGAUGGGAAGGUUCGCCUAUGCUGGGCAGAUGUUGUGCUGGAAGACGUGAAAGCUGCGGCUGAGCAGAUGAGCAUAUGGAGCAGAGCAGUGGAGGAUAAAGAGAAAGUACUUGCAUGGCGCGGGACGGAGAUGGAAGACUCCGGGCCGGUAUAUCUUGGGAGCUUGAGGAGAAUAUUUGUCGGGCUGGCUCUAAGGUCCUCUGACUCCCUCGAAACUUCUGGAAUGAUCUGUGCAAAGGAGUGGGGGGCUUCUCCUUCUGUGGGGCAUAGGCAGGGAUUUUCUUCGACUCUGUCUGGGUUUGCAUCGCUCCUAUUUGAAGAUGGAGGAAGGAUAGAAGACCUCGAGGGGUAUACCAGAAGGAUGAUCCAGGAAAGGAGGAUAGCCAGCAAUCCUCGGGAGAUCUUCAAGUCCUUGAUUGCAAGUGUGAGAGAAGCAAACAGAGACCACGAGUCCAACAUCCUGGAAGAAAUAAAGGAGUGUGCCGAGGGGAUCCCGAAGAUGGAGGAGGGCAAGAGCAGCAGUUUCUCUGAAGAAAGCAGUAAGAGCAUGAGUGAAGACGGAAGCAAGGGUGACGAUGAGAGGGUUGGAUCCUUUGGAACAAGGGAGUACAAGAGGGGAAGGUUCCAUGUGUGCGAGGCAGUGCCCUUGGGGGAGAAGGAAAAGAGCCUACAGGCAGGAGAGCAGAUGAAGAGGAUUGUUAGGAUUGUGAAUGCACAAAGCAGGCAGAUAAGGAUUCUUACUAAGGUAUUUAAGCAACUCGGACUUCUGGGCAAGGAGGUGUCCAGUGAACUUGUGGAGCUGGAGGAGCUGGUAAACUUUCUCCUAGUUGGAAUGGAGAGGCAGUAG